GUGGGACAAUAUAGCCGACGUCCAUCCAGGCUUUGGUGCAAUGUCAUCGCCUCGCUACUACUAGCAGGCAAGCGAGCUGCCGAGGCUGGACUGCGGCGCGCUUAGCUUUACCAAAUGCCACCGAACAUCGAUGGUGUUGAUGACAGAAGAGGCCUAGCGGUGAUGUUUAUCUCGCCGGUGUUGAGACGAUAAAGCAGGAACUGUUUUUUCACCUCGGCUGGUGUGUGGAGAGGAGACAGACGGGACCUCAGGUUAUCCGCCGAAACAUUUGCUUUUAAGCCACUGUGAAAAUCUGCCUUGUCUGUUUCUUGUUUACUGACAAAAAUGGCUAUCAUCAGACAAUUUGGACUGCUGGUGUGGAAGAACUCUCUUCAGCAGAAACGUCAAAUCCUGGUCACUCUGGUGGAGAUCCUUCUGCCCCUUCUUUUCUCGGGCAUCCUGAUUGCGCUUCGUCAGAAGGUGGACUUUAAGAACUACCCGAACGCCACGAUCUACGAAAGCUUUAAUGUCGAGAGCUUGCCAAAAAUGAGGCUUCAAAAGUUCCAGCUGGGCUACGUGCCCGGCAACUCCACCGUAGUGCGGCAGGUGGCGGAGCAUGUGCGAAACAGCCUGCACCUCUCCGCAGUGCGCGGCUUCGAGACGGAGGAACAGUUUGAGAGCUACGUGAAGAAUGACACCACGUCAAACGACAUGCUGGCAGCUGUGGUGUUUGAGCACCCCUUCACUCACCAUGAUGAACCCCUGCCCCUGAAGGUGAGAUACCACCUUCGGUUCUCCUUCACGCCACGCAACGCUCCACCCAAAGAAAAGUCCGAGCUGAACCCGAACAAUGACUUCGACUGGCACACGCUCAGCCUCUUUCCCCUGUUUCAACUGCCGGGUCCGAGGGAGCAGUUUGACAAGCAGGGUGGUACGCCAGGUUAUUACCGAGAAGGAUUUCUUGCCGUCCAGUACGCGGUGGACCGAGCCAUCAUGCUCGCCUACAACCGAACCGCUGCUAAUCAUCUGCUUAGUCAGACUAAAGUGGUCCUGUCCCGGUUUCCUUACCCUCCUUUCAUCUAUGACGUGUUCAUCCUGGCCAUUCAGAACCAGCUGCCUCUUCUCCUGGUGCUCAGCUUCACCUAUACCUCCCUCAACAUCGCUCGAGCCGUGGUGCAGGAGAAGGAACGGAAGCUCAAGGAGUACAUGAGGAUGAUGGGCCUCAGUAACUGGCUCCACUGGAGCGCUUGGUUCCUGAUGUUUUUCCUCUUCCUUUCGAUUUCAGUUGUGUUUGUCACCCUGCUCCUCUGUAUCCAGGUGAGCCCUAACGGUGCGGUGCUGACCCACAGUGAUCCCACGCUGGUCUUUGUCUUCCUGCUCGUCUUCACUGUGGCCACCAUCAGCUUCAGCUUCAUGAUCAGUGCCUUCUUCUCCCGAGCCAACGUGGCGGCAGCAGCAGGCGGCUUCAUCUACUUCCUCAGCUACCUGCCUUAUUUGUUCCUGUGGCCUCGCUAUGACUUACUGAACCAUGCCCAAAAGGUGUCAGCAUGCCUUAUCUCGAAUGUGGCCAUGGCCAUGGGAGCACAACUUAUAGGAAUGUUUGAAGGCAAAGGGACAGGAAUCCAGUGGUCCAACUUGUUUGACUCUGUGACGGUGGACGAUGAUUUCUCCAUGGCCCAGGUUCUGUGCUUGCUGCUGUUUGACUCGGUGCUUUAUGGACUCGUGACCUGGUACAUAGAGGCAGUUUUUCCUGGGGAGUACGGAGUGCCUCUACCCUCUUAUUUCUUUUUACUGCCUUCGUAUUGGUGCAGCACCCCUCGCAUGGCUUUGGUAAAUGAGAAGGAGGAAGAGGAGGAUGCAGAAAAGGCUCUGAAAGGAGAGUUCAUAGAGGAGGAGCCUGCUGGACUUGUCUCUGGAAUAAAGAUUAAACACCUCACAAAGGAUUUUAAAGUAGGCAACAAGACGCGACAAGCUGUAAAAGAGCUGACGCUGAACAUGUUCGAGGGCCAAAUCACAGUGGUGCUAGGACACAACGGUGCUGGAAAGACGACAACACUGUCCAUGCUUACAGGUCUAUUUCCCCCCACAAGUGGCAGAGCCUACAUCAACGGUUACGACAUCGGUCAGGACAUGACUCUGAUACGACGCAGUCUGGGUCUGUGCCCACAACACGACGUGCUCUUUGAUAACCUCACAGUGAGAGAGCACCUGCUCUUCUACACACAGCUAAAAGGUUACCCCAAAGAGAAGAUCCCAGGUGAGGUGGAUCGGAUCAUCCGCAUCCUGAACCUUGAAGACAAGAGACAGGCUCGUUCCAAGACCCUCUCUGGCGGCAUGAAGAGAAAGCUUUCCAUUGGUAUCGCCCUCAUUGGUGACUCCAAGGUUGUCAUGUUAGAUGAGCCCACAUCGGGUAUGGAUCCGUCGGCCCGACGUGCCACCUGGGACCUGCUGCAGGGAGAGAAGCGAGGUCGCACCAUCCUGCUCACCACUCACUUCAUGGAUGAAGCCGACUUACUCGGCGAUCGUAUCGCCAUCAUGGCAGGAGGAGAGCUGCAGUGCUGCGGGUCGCCACUCUUCCUUAAGAACAAAUACGGUGCUGGCUACCACAUGGUGAUAGUUAAGGAUGCUCUUUGCAAUGUGUCUGAGAUCACCCGCCUUGUUCACAUGUAUGUUCCUAAUGCUACACUGGAAAGCAGCGCUGGAGCCGAGCUCUCUUAUAUUCUGCCCAAAGAAAGCACCAGCAGAUUUGAAUUGCUGUUUGCUGAGCUGGAGAUGAACAAAGAGAAGCUGGGCAUCGCUAGUUAUGGAGCCUCAGUUACCACCAUGGAGGAGGUUUUCCUCAGAGUUGGGAAGCUGGUGGACUCCAGUUUGGACAUUCAGGCCAUCCAGCUGCCAGCCCUGCAGUACCAGCAUGAGAGACGCUCCCAUGACUGGAUCCUGGACGAUGCCAGCAGCAUCAGCGCCCUGACAGAUGUCACUGAUUUCACAGACAGCGGCACGCUCAUCUCAGAGGAUGGCUCCAACAUCAAGCUGAACACUGGGGUGAGACUUUACCUGCAGCAGUUCUAUGCUAUGUUUCUGAAGAGGGCACUGUACAGCUGGAGAAACUGGAAGGUGAUGGUGGCUCAGUUCCUGGUUCCUCUGAUCUUCACUAUUGUGGCCUUAGUCGUGGCACGAACCCUUCCCAAUCACCAGAAUGCUCCUCUGUUGGAUCUGGCCCUCAGUCGUUAUGGUCCCACCAAGGUCCCCGUUGCUGUGCAACCUGGGGCGGGUCCCCUUGCUUCUGACUUAGCAAACACAUACGCCACCCAGCUCUCAGCCCAGCUUGGAGAACUCGUCAAUAUCACAGACUUCAUGGACUACGUGCUGACCCAGGCGAAGAGGGAAGGCAGCAGUUUUAAUGAGCGCUGCGUGGUGGGGGCUGCCUUCCGCGGCCUCGCUCAGUUUUCAGAGGUGACGGCCUACUUCAACAACCAGGGCUACCACACGCUGGCCACGGCCCUCAUGAUGGCGGACAACGCUCUGUUCAAACUUUUAGCCGGGCCCAAUGCCUCCAUCGAGACCAGCAAUUACCCCAUGCCACGGAAUCUGUCUGAGGCCGCACGGAGCCAGUUCACAGAGAGCAGAACAGGUUUUGCCAUCGCCAUCAACCUGAUGUACGGCAUGGCCUCCCUGUCCAGCACUUUUGCCUUGCUGCUCGUUACCGAGUCCGCCAUCAAGUCCAAGCACGUGCAGAAGGUCAGCGGCGUCUACCAUUCAAACUUCUGGCUGUCGGCCCUGCUGUGGGACCUGGUGAACUUCAUGCUGCCCUGCCUGUUCAUGCUGGUGGUAUUCCGAGCAUUUGGAGUCGAGGCUUUUGUUGAGAACAACCACCUCGUGGACGUGCUCCUGAUACUUCUGCUUUACGGCUGGGCUGUCAUACCUCUGAUGUACCUGCUCAGCUUCUUUUUCUCCACCGCUGCCUCCGCCUACACCCGCCUUACCAUCUUCAAUAUGAUUUCUGGCACCGCCACCUUCCUGGCUGUCACCAUCAUGACUAUCCCAGAAUUAAACCUGCAGGACUUGUCACACUUGCUGGAUAAAGUGUUCCUGAUCUUCCCAAACUACUGCCUGGGCAUGUCUGUCAGCCAGUUCUAUCAGAACUACGAAUUCAUCAAAUUCUGCACCUCGAGCCCCCUUAGUGAAAUCAUCUGUCAAGUGUGGAACAUUACCUACCAGCCCAACUACUUCUCAAUGGCCGAGCCUGGUAUCGGACGCUUUCUCGUGUCCCUCUCAGUGCAGGGCGCCGUCUUCAACAUCCUUCUGUUUGUUGUGGAGCUGCAGUGCGUCCGCACUGUGUGGCGGCUCAUCACGUCACUGUGCAGGAAACGUCAACAGUUGCCUCACACACAGGAUGCAGCGCUCCUUCCCGAGGACAGGGAUGUAGCCGAAGAGAGGAAGAGGGUUUUGGAUUGUCAGCCAGUUGUUGAGUCUAUGGUUGGAAGUCCUCUCGUCCUGCAGGAGCUGAGCAAGGUGUACAGCAGCGGGCAGAGUAUCCUGGCCGUGGACAAACUGUCCCUCGCUGUGGGGAAGGGGGAGUGUUUUGGCCUUUUAGGCUUCAACGGAGCAGGGAAAACCACAACAUUUAAGAUGCUGACAGGUGACGAGACUGUCACAUCUGGUGACGCCUUCAUAGAUGGAUACAGCAUCUUGAGGGACAUUAAAAAGGUGCAGCAGCGUAUCGGCUACUGUCCUCAGUUUGACGCCGUGCUGGACCACAUGACAGGAAGAGAGACUCUGAGUAUGUAUGCCAGGCUCAGAGGAAUACCGGAGAGGUACGUGUCUGGCUGUGUGGAGAACGUCCUGAGGUCGCUGCUGCUCGAGCCUCACGCCGACAAACUGGUCCGCAGCUACAGUGGUGGAAAUAAGCGGAAGCUGAGCGCAGGCAUGGCUCUGAUCGGUGGGCCUCCGGUCGUCUUCUUGGACGAACCUUCGACAGGGAUGGACCCCGUGGCCCGGAGGCUGCUGUGGGACGCUGUUACUCGGACUCGGGAGUCUGGUAAAGCUGUAAUCAUCACUUCUCACAGUAUGGAGGAGUGUGAAGCCUUGUGCACCAGACUGGCGGUGAUGGUCAAUGGGCAGUUCAAGUGCCUCGGGAGCCCCCAACACCUGAAGAGCAAGUUUGGCAGUGGCUACACCCUGCUAGCUAAAGUGCAUGUGGAGGCAGAGUUAGAGGACAGUGACCUGCUGCUUUUUAAAGCCUUCAUUGAAAGCACCUUCCCAGGAAGUCAACUGAAGGAUGAGCACCAGGGAAUGGUUCACUAUCAUUUGACAGAUAAAACACUUACCUGGGCACAGGUUUUUGGCACUUUGGAGGCAGCCAAGGAGAAAUACCGGAUUGAAGACUACUGCGUGAGCCAGAUCUCUCUGGAGCAAGUGUUCCUCAGCUUCGCUCAGUUCCAGCACUGUUCCCAGAAUUAAAGGAUGCAUGAGGGAUCCGUCCAUUAGCCUUCUGUCUGCUGUGCACACACAAACCCUGUGUGAGAGGGCAGCAGAUUCGAGAACACGGGAGAGAGAAAAACCUUUUUAUCUAACUUGAAGACAUUGGUCCGGCUGCAAAAUUCAGCAUUUCUUUGUCUCCAUUGCCUUUGUGAGACUUUAAACGGCCAUUUGUGUCAUUUCUUGUUGCUGUGUGAACUUAAGGCGGCUGAUGGUGUGUGUGUGUGUGUGUGUGGUGAUCAAACCAAGUAACAAACUUACACAUCUGCACCUUUUUUAUUAUUGAAGUCAAACACAUUGACACCUAAACCACUACGCUGAGCUUUGUGUGACAGAGCCCGUGUGUUUGUCUGUACAGUUUGAGUUGUUCUUAUUUAUCAUUUUAUUCGACCAAUAAUUUAUGCUUUAUUACGAUUCUGAUCACGACAGAAAGAAUCACUCUUACUGACGAUUGUGAACUUGUUGUAUGCCUUUUUUUUUUAGCCUUAUCUGAAAAAUUAGUUUUUAAAUUCUUAAGAAUCGCUUUAACGUUUUAUUUCUUUCCAGAGAUGGGUGUUUUGUGACACAUUCCUGGUACCAAACUGUUUUUACUCGAUACAAGACUGAUUAGAAAGGAUCGAAGAUGAAUGUCAAGCUGAAAAAAACAAAACAAAACAAAAACAACAACAAAAAAAACGAAAAUAAAACUACAAAACUUUGAGAGAGGAGAGCUUCUUGGCCGUCCUGAGUGAGGGUUAACCCGCUCAGCACCUUUAAUCCAUCCUGAGUUCAUGUUGUGCUUCUCUUUUGUCACUUCCUCAUGACGCACUGACUCUGGCUCGCAGCAGCAGCAUGUGUCAUGAUGCAGGAGACGACGGUGAAAUUUGAGCCUUUUUUUUUAUUAGGACCUAUACGUGUUUUUUUUCUUUGUGUUAGAGUCGCAGUUAUGGUUACUUUUUUUGUGCUCUGCACCAGGACUAUUACAGACCUUACAAACCAAAGCUCUGCAGUGAUCAAACAUUACUGCAGAGCAUUUUUGACUUAGAAAUGAAUGUGGCAAAAUGUAAUAAAAUGUCCAAUACGUUGUGGAUAAUAAUCUUUACAAUCAUCAGCAGACAAACUGAUAAUGUUCUGAAAUGAAAGACUGGUACUUUUUAAAAUAUAUAUAUAUAUAUAUUUUUUAAUUGCGUUUUGCUGCUUGUUAAACCUCAUUUAAAUCCUGCCCUGAAUAUUUUAUUCCCAAAGCCUUCUUUAUUCAAAACUUGUAAAAAAGAUGUAUGUAUUGCAUAGAAGUAUUCAGAACUAAAAUGUUUUGAUUCUCAGUGCAACAAGUCUGUACUUAUUUAUGAGAAAUGUAGUCACAGUCACUGGGUUUUCAUGAGGAUUGAUAUAAACUAGAAUGAAACCUGAUUAGGUCUUAUAAAACGUGAACAUGACAUUCCUGCUCUUACAUAAAAAAGACCACAGAAGUCAUGAAUGUAUCCUGUCUGGAAGCAAAAACUUAUUUUUAUUACCUGCCUUCUAUGAUUUUUACAGUGCAUCCUUGUCAUAUGAACACGCUGAAAUGAACUUUUCAUUUAGACUUUUUAUAACUUUUGUUUGUACGUUUGCACAAAUCCUCCAUUAUGUGUACGACCUGAAAGAAUUACAACUGAAAAUGUGCGCAUUGCUAAUGUUUGGGGUUUAUUUUUUAUUUGAAACGUAGUUUGUCAUGUUUUUCAAAAGGGAAUUCACAAUAUUGUAAAUGUGUGAUGUACUGUACCAUGGUGAAACUGAACCGGUUUGAUCCGGAUGUAUUGCUAUUUUUUAAAUUAAAUAAUGCUCUAUGCAAAUGAUGGAAAA